AUGCUGAGCAACGCUAACAACUUUGUUAGAAAGCUCGCUCAUAAUGAUGCUGCAGUGAGACUGUCAGCUUUCGAGGCGCUCACCAAGUUUCUUAGGAAUAGACUGAUCAAGAAGCUUGACAGAAUAGAACUUGAGAAGCUCUGGAAGGGUCUUUACUACUCCAUGUGGUACUGUGACAAACCUAUUCCCCAACAAGCCUUAGCCGGAAACAUUGGUAAACUCUUCAGUGAAGUCAUUCCCGAACCAAAAUUGAAGGAUUUCCACGAAGCCUUCUGGCUCAUUAUCUCGAAAGAGUGGCCCACCAUAGAUAAAUGGAGAAUCGACAAGUACUUGAUGUUGAUAAGAAGAGUGAUUAGACAUCAGCUUUUCCGUCUAGAGGCCAACAACUGGAGAAAGGAUACCCUCAAGGAUUUCAUUGAGGUUUUGCAAACACUUCCGUUGAGUGAUGAUCCAAAGAUGCCUAAGGCGCUCUCAUACCACAUCUGUGAUCUUUUCCUCGAUGAGAUUGAGUAUGUUAUCUUCAAAGAUUUAAGAGACUUUAAUGAAGAGGAGAAUGAAGAGGAGAAAGAUGAUGAUGAUGAAGACGACGAGGAAGAUGAGAAAGAGAAAGAUGAGGCCCAUGAGAAUGGCGAUAAGGAUGACAACGAAGAUGAGACUGAAGAGUCAACUGAAAAGGACGACGAAAAGAAGAAAGAGAUCCUCAAGAAGACUCCUCUUAAGAAGUUGCUCGUGCCAUUUGAGGCAACUGCCAAGGAUGCAAAGUUCAAGCCGUUGAGAGAGAAGUGCAAAGAGGUGCUUGCAGACGAGAGAUUGCAAGAAUGGGGCAUCAUCGACAAGGAAGACUCCGAUGACUCAGACGAAGAAGAGUGGACUGGCUUUUAA